GGUUAGAGGAACAAAAAUCUACUCUGGAAAUCACAAUAAACACGAAGCUGUCUUCUCUCAAACUGUGGAAGUUUUUCUACAAAACUCAACUUUUAUUCGCCCUUUCUCUUCUUUCUGAGGCUGUUGGAUUUCCUGGCAGCCUGUUUGGACUGUGAGUGAAGAAACCCGGACAAAGAUGGCUGUAAACCUGAGUAAAAAUGGUGCUGCACUGAUGGCUGCCUAUGAAGAAGUGGUGAAUGUCAAGUCAGAUACAAACUGGGCUCUGUUUACCUAUGAAGGCAACAGUAAUGAUCUUAAACUGGCAGAUAAAGGAGCUGGUGGUUUAGAGGAGAUGGUGGAGGAACUAAACAGUGGGAAGGUGAUGUAUGCCUUCUGUCAAGUCCAGAACCCCAACUCUGGCCUGCCUAAAAAUGUCCUCAUAAACUGGACUGGUGAAGGUGUGAAGGACUCUCGGAAAGGAAUAUGUGCCAACCACGUGAGCUCAAUUGCAAAUUUCUUGAAGGGAGCUCAUGUGACAAUAAAUGCCCGCACAGAGGACGACGUGGAGCCGGAGACCAUCUUAGAUAAAGUAUCCAAAGCAUCAGGAGCCAACUAUAAUUUCCACAAACAAACACAACAAUAUACAGACACACCCAGAGGACCAGUGGGUUCUGUGUAUCGCAAAGUCAACGCAGUGGAGGAAAUUCAACAAACCAAGAAAGACGACUUCUGGGUCCAGACUCAGAGGGAUGAAGAAGUGCGCCGACAGGAGGAGAGCAAGCGAGCUGAGCAGGAGAGGCAAAAGCUGGAAAAGGAGAGGAAGGAGGCAGAGGCGAAACAGGCAAAGGAGAGGGAGAUGAGAGAGAAGGAAAGAGCUCGGCAGAUUGAUCAGGAACGGAUUCUUCAGAAGAAGAAGGAGGAAGAAGAGAGAGAAAGGGAGCAACAGCGACUGAACCAGGAAAAAAAUCAAACAAAGACGACAGGAAUCAACUCUGCUGCAUCUGUGAUCAAAGCUAAUGAAGCCAAGUCAUUGAUUUCUCAGAGGUCUUUUAACCCCAGAGAUCUAUUCAAACAGAAGGAGCAAAGCUUUCAGCCUAACAACACACCAUCUCCUGCUGCAUCCAAACCUGGGAAGCUGCAAAGUCCAUUUUUGUCCCAGAAGUCCUUUGAGAAAGAAGCUUCGGUGCAACCUCAGAGGCCACCAUCUCCUGCUCCGGUUAAGCUCCCGACUCCUUCCCUGAUCCCCAUUUCUCCAGUCACAUCUGUCUCACCUGUGUGGCCUGAAUCACCUGCUGCAGCUGGCUCACCAACACCACCUGAGACCACAGGUUCCCCUCUUAAUUAUCCAGAAGCUGAUUAUCCUGAGGGAGAGGAGUGGUCAGAUGAGUUUGAUGAUGAUGCAGAUGAAGCAGAAACUCCAGUUCAGGAUCUUUACAUGGCACCAGAACCGGUAGAGACCAGUGAGGAUCAGGAUCUCUAUGCAAAUGUUUAUGAGCCUCCAUCAGAGGGUGAGGACAAUCACGUGAAGGACAGUGGACAUGGCCUCCGUGCCAGAGCAAUCUAUGACUACCAGGCUGCUGACGACUCUGAGAUUACGUUUAACCCUGAUGACAUUUUAACUGACAUAGAGAUGCUGGAUGAAGGCUGGUGGAGAGGUUUUGGACCCGAUGGACACUACGGCAUGUUUCCCGCUAAUUAUGUGGAGCUUCUCUAGUUCAGUAUUUCUCUUACAUACAAUACAACACUUUAUCAGCUUGUUUGUCAUUGACAUUUUUUUAUAAUGUCUAAUACUUUGUCAAUCAAUAACAAACAGUCAUUCUUUAUGUGUUGCUGUGAAAUUUUUAUAAAAUAUAAA